AUGAGGUUCGGGCCAUUCAGCCGAAAGAGAUGUGACCGUGGCUUGAGUUGCAACAAGACCAAAACUUGCGCUCCUGCGUGCACUGCUGAGUCUACGCUGCUGCCUGCACCCUGUGAAGCUCACUCGCUGGUCGGCCAACUUGUUACUGGUUUCGUGAGCGACCAGCCUCUGCCUCUUGCUUCCUCUCCUCUAGGUAUCCACCUCACCGUCCUCGAGUGUCGCAUCGUCCCUCGAUCCACCGUCCAUCUCCUCACACCCACGCAUCUGCGAUUCUGCUUCGUGAUCGUCGUUGCUGACGUCGCAUCUUCGACCAUGUGUGGUAUCACCGCUCUCCUCCUCGCCUCGACCGAGCAGUCGGCUGCGCCCGAGAUCAACGAGGCACUCUCGUUGCUCCAGCACCGUGGUCAAGAUGCUGCCGGUAUCGUCACUUGUGGCAGCAAGGGCCGCUUCUAUCAAUGCAAGGCCAACGGCAUGGUUCGCGACGUGUUCGACGUCAACGCCAUCUCUCGUCUCCAGGGCAGCAUGGGUGUCGGUCACGUUCGUUACCCCACCGCCGGAUCUUCGGCUCACUCUGAGGCCCAGCCCUUCUACGUCAAUGCUCCCUACGGCAUCACGUUUGCUCACAACGGCAACCUCAUCAACACCGACGAGCUUCGUCGCUUCCUCGAUGCUGACGCGCAUCGCCACAUCAACACCGACUCGGACUCUGAGGUGCUCCUCAACGUCUUUGCCAACAACUUGCAAAAGACCGGCAAGUUCCGUAUCAAUGAGGAGGACAUCUUCACCGCCAUCCGCGACCUCAUGAAGCAGUGCAAGGGUGGUUACACCUGCGCAGCCAUGAUCGCCGGUUUCGGCAUCAUCGCCUUCCGCGAUCCCAACGGCAUUCGACCUCUCGGCAUGUGCUCGCGUCCCUCGUCCGUCGCCGACUCUGAGUAUCUCGAGGGUCACGGCAUGGACUACCUCUUCACCUCCGAGUCGGUCGUCUGCGACGCGCUUGGCUUCGAGGACUUCCAAGACAUCAAGCCUGGCGAGGCCGUCAUCAUUACAAGGCACGCCGUGUCGCGACGUAUCCUCACACCUCCCGCCGGCUCACAGGAUGGUGCCGCCUUCUCCCCCGACAUUUUCGAGUACGUCUACUUUGCCCGUCCAGACAGUGUCAUGGACGGCGUUUCUGUCUACCGUUCGCGCAUGGCCAUGGGUGACAAGCUCGCCGACGAGGUGCGUCGUCAACUGCAAAAGACGGGCGAGACCAUCGACGUCGUUAUCCCUGUUCCGGAUACAUCCCGUGUUGCCGCGCUGCAGCUUGCACAGAACCUCGGCGUUCCGUAUCGCGAAGGUUUCAUCAAGAACCGCUACGUCGGUCGAACCUUCAUCAUGCCCGGCCAGAGCGUGCGUCGCAAAAAUGUACGCCGAAAGCUCAACGCCAUGGCGCUCGAGUUCAACGGCAAGAAUGUCCUCAUCGUCGACGACUCGAUCGUUCGAGGUACCACAUCCAAAGAGAUCAUCCAAAUGGCUCGUGAUGCAGGUGCCAGAAAGGUCAUCAUGGCUUCGUGCGCGCCACCCAUCCGUUACUCGAACGUGUACGGUAUCGACAUGCCUUCGCGGAAAGAGCUUGUCGCCUACGAACGCUCCGUAGAACAAGUCGCCGAGUACAUCCAGGCGGACAUGGUCAUCUACCAGACGCUCGAAGACCUCAUCGACUCGGUGCAGCAGUUCAACCCGGAGUUGAAACAGUUCGACUGCUCGGUAUUCGAUGGCAAGUACGUCACUGGCGGUGUGGACGCCGCGUACAUUGCGCAUCUCGAGCACCUUCGCAGUGAGAACGCCAAAGCCAAGAAGGCAGCGGGCAAGAUCCCCGUGAUCGCCGAGAGCCAGAAGAAGAUCUACGCGAGCCGUGCGAGCCCUGCCGCAUCGAGCGUUGCAGGCGACGAAAAGAUGGCCAACGAAGCUACAGCGGCGGUGCUCAACGGCAACGCCAAUGGCAAUCGCAAACGGCGCUUGACGGAUGAGGAGAUCGAAGAGGAGGAGGAGGAGAAGCAGCAGGCGGCUGGCUGCUCGGGUCCGAUGAACGGCGCCGACGACAUUGGCCUGUUCAACGGCUGGACCCGUUAG